AUGAGUCCGACGAUGCCUCUAUUGGAAGUGACCUCUGGUGCCAGUACUGAGUCUGCAUCGGGAUCAAGACCAAAUACUUCGACUAAACAUCAACAAUCGCUUUCAUCCAUGUCUACUGGAGUGGACUAUCCAUGUUUGACGGGCGGGGUAGAGAUAUCGCGUGUGGGGUCAUUCUGGAAGCGAACUUCUUUGUCGAGAUCUCUAAAACGCCGGGAUGAAUCGUCUGGUGCCGCCAAUUCUGUGACCACCACUCCUGAUCUUACUCCUGCUCCUGCUAUUGCUACUGCGGUGGCGAGGACGACGACGGUAUCUAUCGGUGCAACUGUGACAUCACACCACCCCAACCCAUCUCUGCCGACUGUUCCAGCUAACAGUCAUCAGCCUUUAACACAUGCUGCUGACUCAUUGAUAAUGCCGUCAGCAACGCCAGGACCGCCACCGAUAAGGACACCAGCAUCGCCAAUUCAAUCGAAUCAACCGUCCGUAACCCCGCUCUCACCGGUGGCGCCGGAUCGGACCUUCGCCACCAUUGCUGACAGUACAACAUCUGCGAUCGGUGGACCCUCUGAUGCAGGAGUCAGCAAUGGUACGAGUGUGUCGUCCUCGUCGGUGCGUCCGCCGGCAGUGUCAAGGACUCAUUCGUCGGAGGGGUUUUCUUCACCGGAGUCUUCGGUGUCUUGGAUGCGAAUGACCUCACGACCAUCACUACCAGCAGCAGCGCUACGAACCUCACAGGAAGCACAACAGGGACUCUCGGAACCACCUCCGCCUGACUUCAACAGGAAGCAAAUGAUCAGGAUCGGGAGACCACCCACGGAUAUCCUCUACGUCGACGACGACAACAACAGGGUCGCUGAGGGAGACCACAGCUGGUUUGGGCUUCCUCCACAUCCGCCUCCUCGACGCCACCACCAUCGCCCGCAUCAACGACGUCAUCACUCGCAACGAUCUCGUUUACAUCAUCAUCGGGCGCUCUCAGACGAAACUUCACAUAGAGGCAUGAAGUGGAUGAAAGGGCAUGUCUCUGCUGCUAAUAGCGUUUCUCUUCUGCCUCCCCCUGUUUCUGCUACGACUGCGACCACGACUGCGACUGCAAGAAGCACUACUAGCACUGGCGUGCGUCCAGGAUCCACUGGUACAUUCAGCUCUGUGGUGGACUUUUUGGCACCUCCCUCAAUUGCGUCGCGGAGACAUGUAGAUGAACAUUCGGGGGGCGGCCGUAGUAUUGGUGUUUAUGCUAAAGGACUAUGA